AAAAAACAAAAGUCCAACCAACACUGUCUCCAGAAGGGAAAGUUGGGUCUAAAAAACCUACUGUCCCACUAACACUGUCUCCAGAAGAUAAGAAUGGGGCUAAAAUUCCACCAGUCCCACCAACACUGUCUCCAGAAGAGAAAGAUGGGGCUAAAAAACCAACAGUCUCAGCAACACUGUCUCCAGAAGGGAAAGAUCGGUCUAAAAAACCAACAGUCCAACCAACACUGUCUCCAGAAGGGAAGGAUGGGGCUAAAAAACCACCAGUCUCACCAACACUGUCUCCAGAAGAAAAGGAUGGGAAUAAAAAACCAAAAGUCCAACCAACACUGUCUCCAGAAGGGAAAGUUGGGUCUAAAAAACCAACAGUCCCACAAACACUGUCUCCAGAAGAGAAGAAUGGGGCUAAAAUUCCACCAGUCCCACCAACACUGUCUCCAGAAGAGAAAGAUGGGGCUAAAAAACCAACAGUCUCAGCAACACUGUCUCCAGAAGGGAAAGAUCGGUCUAAAAAACCAACAGUCCAACCAACACUGUCUCCAGAAGGGAAGGAUGGGGCUAAAAAACCACCAGUCUCACCAACACUGUCUGCAGAAGAGAAGGAUGGAAAUAAAAAACCAAAAGUCCAACCAACACUGUCUCCAGAAGAGAAGGAUGGGGCUAAAAUACCACCAGUCUCACCAACACUGUCUCCAGAAGAAAGGAUGGGGCUAA